AACGAAGGCUGCGACGGAGCCCAAGUCGAGUAUUGGAAAAGGGCCACAGUAUAGAGAUCAGUGCACUGGACCUGCCACGCUGAAUUUUCCGGAUUGAAAUAUUAGCAAAAGAGACUGGGUGCGUGACGACCGGCGCGGCACGUUGCAUGCUUACCCCGUGUCAGCUGCACAGUGGGUACGAGUGUGCGUAACACUUCUGUCGGGAAAAAUAUUAGGCCUGGGCCUACUUCCAUUUGGAAUAAACGGUUUCUGCGCAGCUCAUAUUCAAUCGGAAAUCUGUCCCAUCAUCAUGUUCAGAAGGAAGUUAGAAGCUCUAAAGUAUCAUCAAUCUGACAUCGAUAUAAAGGAUGAAAUGACAUGGCGCAACUUUGUAGUUUGGCUGGAAGAUCAGAAAAUCAGGUUGUACAAGAUCGAGGACAGACAACCCUUAAGAAACUACAUCAGUGGUGACUGGCCAAAAGUGUUUCAACAGUACUUGAAGGAUCUCCAGUGUCCAGUCAACAGCCAGGAUCGAUUGGCUGCCUGUGAGUGGUUAUUGGCCCAUGCAGUCAGACUGGACUACGGUGAAGAUGUCGAGAAGUACAGGGCAGUGACCGGUGAGGGAGUGGCCAGACAGAACUCGGCAUCUGACGAUCCCUUCCAAAAUGUCAAUGUGCACAGUCCAGACUUCAAGGCUGGCCUAACCUCUGUGUGUCAGUUACUGAAAAUCCCCCAGCACUAUGACCAGGUGACGACGCUAGAGGCAGUCAGCAUCUUGAUACAGGAGAGAUUAGCACAGGACGGGAGUAAACAAGAAUUGCAGGAGGGCAUUGAUUUCAAAUUGAACGACUAUGAGCUAGGAUUUGAAACAAAAGAUCCGGCCUUGGAUGAGGCCAGCCGAAUCCUUCGUCUCUUACACGUGGCGGAACUCCGUGACUUACAGACCAGGAUCAAUGAAGCAAUCGUAGCGGUCCAAAACAUCACGGCCAACCCCAAGACGGAUCAGAAACUGGGCAAGGUGGGACGAUGACCCAGGCACAAGACCUAACCAGAGACAGGGGAGGGCUAGAUGACCCUCUAAAGCCCAGGUCAUGCAACAAGGGACUGCGACGCAUGUUGGGAGUGACUCGGUCUGGGGACCGUCCGACGUAGCUUCAUCGCAGCAUUCACUUUUGGUUUCCUCUUUGUUAGUGCAGCCACCCUUGUCUGAUUCCCAGAAUCCACAUCUUGAGGAGGGCUUGACACAGCACGCACAGCACCAGUCUGCUUCCACUCACAACCUACGGCCUCUGCGCUGUGAUCCCAGAACCCCUAAAGGAACCUCAACACCUGCCUAAAGCGGUGGAUUUGUUUCUGAUGCCCUCACAAGCAUGAUUCCUUACUUUGUCUUAAUUCAACGAAAGGCUGUGGCUUUGGCUCGACAUUUCAGGCAUGUAAAUGCAUGCAAAAAAAGGGACUUGGUUAGUCAUAGCCAGAGCCCGAUCUAUAGCUUCAAAAGCUGUUCCACUGCGCAUCAAGAUGGCUCACAGCAUCUUAUGCACUGUAGAUAUAAGUCAGUUCUAUAGAGUUCUGAAGUGUAACAGCAAAGACGAAUAAAGUAUGCUCAUAUAUUCAUUCACGCACUCGUUCUCGCGCUAAUAUCCUUCACACACAUAACUGUGCCGUGACAUCCUCACUUCAGGACUCCCUCAAAGUUCAAAAGAGUGCUAUCUGAUGGAAUUUGCACUGAGACAAUCUAAAAAGAGUUCUCUACUGAUGACAUGUCUCUUUUUCUACUUUCCAACGGUACUCAAUGGACCGUUUGCCCCCACUGGCUCCGUAGGAGAGUCCGCAUGUAAACAGAAAGUGACAUCAUCAGCACGUAGACCCGUUUGGAUAAAUGUUAAUCCAUAUACUAAUUCUGCAGUUGGAUCGUCUGUUACAAUAUUUGCUGCUAUAUCAUAGACAAACUGAACACCCCAGGCUACGAAGAAAGUGAGGUGCUCAGUGCUUGCCUUGAUUGGACACAACUGUGAUUGGUUAGAAGUACAUAACUGGAAAUUCACUCAGAUUCCUAUCCCAGAAAGCAAAGCCAAGUGGAGAGGAAUAUUCAAUUUUUCACCGAAUGAAAUGACUCUUUCCACUGCAUGAAAUUGCAACUGUUUUAUGCAAUAGCUGAAUAGAUUGUCAUUGUUUGUCACCGUUUUCCUCUCGCAGUCUGGCAUAAAAGUUGUGACAAGAUGUCCUUUUCCAGAUCAAUAAGGCUUCAACACGUUCCUGUGAGUCUAGCAAGUUACUGUUUCUUUCUUACUAGAUGUAUUGGCAUCAUUUAAAGAGUUCAUACAUUUCUUUAUCGGGUGAAAAUGAUUAUGCUUCACAUUUAUGACGAUGUUACACUGCUAUUUGAAAGCAUUUAGAUGAAUUAUUCAUGUUAUGUGAUCUAUAAUUCACAAAUCGGGUGACAGGAAUCCAUCCAGAUGUUUUUUUUAAAUCUUUUGUCUGAAUACAAGGGUCUAGAUUCACAGAACUGCUGAACAGGACUUCCUGAGCAAUCACAUGUACAUGAAAAGAUCUCGGCUUAUAACCUCUUUCUGCCAUGCAGAAAGUUUUUUCUUUGCCGAGCUAAUUUCUGUGCUGAGCUUAUUUCUGUGCCUGGUGUUGCCGUGAAAUGGCCUGCAGGUGUCUUAUUUUUUAAUUUUGGUGUAUUUGCCAUUUAAGCAUGUGAGUAUAGAUUCUGCUGGGAAUGGUUGUUCUCAUAACUUCCAUACAUGUAUUUUCAUCUUUGUAAAUUCAUCGAAAAAAGAGCCAAGUAAACCUCAAAUCUGAAAAAUUAUUUAGCACUAGCAUUAUCCUCUCUGAAGGUGGUUGCUUCUUUUGAUUGUAAAACUGUUAUGCAGUAGAUUGGACUGCUCAGAACAAACUGGACUUUGACCUCUGUUGCGUUUGUUGGGGGAUCACUCAGGUUUCUUCAUUUGCUUAUGCCAACGUUGUAAGAUUGUAAAAACAGCAGUAAGUUAUUCAUGUUCCUGGAAUGCAGGUUGCAUGCUUUGCAUAGUUCUAUUAAAAUGUGACAUUGAAAGGGAAUUCCUAUGUGGUUUGGACAGUCUUAAUGGAUUAAACUGUCUGUAUCUUGGUGUCAGAGCAUUAACACAGCUGGCAUUAUCAAAAUGUUAAUACGUGGUCACAUUGUGCAUUGUUGAACAGGGUAACGGUCUGAAUACUUGUAACUUAGCUCCCCAUUACAUCACAAGCAUUACAGAUUUAUUGUAUUUGAUUGUUUCUCAUUUUUUGUUGACUUUGAGAGUAAUUCGGAACAAACAGAGUCCACGAUGAGAAAUUGUUGAAUUUACUGCCUGUUUAGAAUUGGUAUGAAAAAUAAGGCUGCCUGAAAGCUCCACUGCAUUUUACUUUCCUGGCUCCAUGUCUUUCAUGACAAUGCAGGCUAACCUUUACUGGGAAGUCCCCCAUUACACAUUCUAGGUUCCCAGCCAGUUGGAUGACAGUUUAAUUGCAAUUUAUAACGGAUGCUAUUCUGUUCAUGACAGUGAGGUUGUAGUUUAUACCCUAAAUAAAAAUUGUUCAUGCAUCA